AUGUAAGAUUAACAACAAACCCUAAGUCUUUAUAUGGACUGGAUGUCUUAGCCUUCUAGAUGCGUUGCAAUUUUUUGCAUGAUAAAUAAAAUCCCUGUUGAUAUCUCAGAGGUAAAAAUUCUCAAAGGAUAGCUCAGAAGUCAAGAAUACAAAAGAAUCAAUCCUAAUAUGAGAGUUCCUACUAUUAAAGACGGUAAAUUCGUGCUUUAUGAGUCUCAUGCAAUACUUAAAUAUUUGAUAGCUUCAAGGGCAUAAUAUAUUCCUGAACAUUGGUAUCCUAAGGAUAUAAAAGAACGUGCAUUAGUAGAUUAAUAUUUAGACUGGCACCACACAAAUAUCAGAAACGCAGGAAUGUAUAUUUUCAACUACUUUGUGCUUCCAAGUUUAGGUAUUUAGUCUAAGUAGAAUAAAGAAACUAUUUACAAAUUGUUUAUCUAAUCCUUGAAAAUGAUUGAUACAAUAUUUUUAGCUGAUAAGCCAUAUAUUGCUUCAAAGGAAAAAGCAACUAUCGCUGAUCUCUCCUGCUAUUGCGAAAUUACCUAAGUUAAUUUAAUUGAUUUUGAUUUCUCUCCUUAUCCUAACAUUCUUAAGUGGAUGUAAAGACUUACUGCUGAAUAUCCAUAGCUAGUUGAAGGACAUCAACCUUUUAUGAAAUUUGUUUAGAAGAUUAAAGAAAAAUAAAAUUUAUGA